CAGAUCCGCGCCGGCAUGACAAAGACACUAGACACCUGGUCAGUGAAGAAGCUAAACUAGAAUUCGUAAGAGCGGGAGAAAAGGAAAAUUGGUGGCGGAAGUGUUCACGGUGGCGGGUAAGCAACCACCUGAAAUUUCUCUGUUUCUUCCAAACCAAACCCAAAGGAAACAAAGCCAAUUCGCACAGUGAAGAUAGAAAUGGAAGAUGAUCGCAUUCUAGCGAGAGAGAGGCAACAGAUGGAGGAGAUACGAGAGCUCGAUCUCGAGGAACUGCAGGUCGAAGAGGUCGAUGACCUCCACGACUCAUCUGGCGAUGAACGUGACCUCACUGGUCGUGGCUCGUCUGAUGAAUAUACCUUCAACAACUGUUUGGCUUCAUUGCAUACAUAUCUUGGUGAGGUUGAAGACACUCAUCAUAGGGUGGCAUUUCUAGAUGGGGGGGCCAUCUUGAACCUCCCUAUUUUCUAUCUUGAAGGAGUUGUCCUGUUCCCAGAGGCGACCCUUCCCCUAAGAGUAAUUCAACCCAAUUUUGUAGUUGCUGUUGAGAGAGCGCUAACCCAAGUUGAUGCUCCUUAUACUAUUGGUGUGAUUCGGGUUUACAGAGAUCCUGAUAAUGGAAGAAUAAGGUUUUCCAAUAUUGGGACAACUGCAGAGAUUCGGCAAUAUCGACGAUUAGAGGAUGGCUCACUGAAUGUGGUAACUCGUGGCCAACAGAGAUUUCAUCUAAGACGCCGUUGGAUUGAUGUGGAAGGAGCGCCAUGUGGGGAAGUCCAAAUCAUCCAGGAAGAUAUACCAUUGAGGGCCCCACGGGAUGCAUUUGGAGCUGUUGCACCAUUUAGUAAACCUGGAGGCCAUCAUUUCUCGCGUAUACUGCCUUCAAACAAUUCUCAUGCAAAGUCAAAUGAAUCUAUGGACGUGGACAAUGAUUCUGAGGCAAAUUCAGAUGAAAGCUUUGAGAGUGCACUUUCAUUGACUGAAAGGGAAAUUCACCAAUCUGUGGUUGAUUCCUAUUAUGGAUCUGAUACAAUGGAUGAAUCAACAACAACUACAAGCAGUGAUGAUGAGAAGUCACAAUCCCAACUUCAAGGAUCACAAUCAAAAGACUCUGAAUCCACGGAUUCAUUACAUUCAUGCCCUGAGAAUAAUAAUGUUGAUUUGGGGAGCAGUUCCAAGUCGGACAUGCAAUCCUGCAAACAGAAAGAGCCAGAUAGAUGUUGGAGAAAUACGGACUUAAAACAGUUUCGUAGAGCUCCAAGAGCAUUCUGGCCUCAUUGGGUAUAUCGCAUGUACGACUCCUAUUGUCUUGCUGAAAGAGCUGCAGAUAUGUGGAAACAGAUAGUGGGGGCACCAAGCAUGGAUAGUCUUGUGAAGAAACCCGAUCUUUUGUCAUUUUAUAUUGCUAGUAAAAUUCCUGUGUCUGAAUCUACAAGGCAGGAGCUUUUGGAGAUUGACGGCAUUUCAUAUAGGCUGCGUCGAGAAAUUGAGCUGCUUCAGGGUGUUGAUCUUAUCCAGUGUAAAACUUGUCAGACUGUCAUUGCAAAACGGAGUGAUAUGCUGGUAAUGUCAAGUGAAGGUCCUCUUGGUGCCUAUGUGAACUCAAAUGGUUUUGUACAUGAGAUAAUGACUUUCUACAAAGCAAAUGGCUUGGCACUUAUAGGGCUAGCCGUGAGUGAAUACAGCUGGUUUCCUGGGUAUGCAUGGACAAUAACAAACUGUGCCACCUGUGAAACCCAUAUGGGUUGGCUCUUUACAGCCACAAACAAGAACUUGAAGCCAAGAUUGUUUUGGGGGGUUCGGAGUUCCCAAGUUUCUGAUGGCCUGCACUAAUAAUAAUAUCUCAAAUUUGUAGUUCCUGCCCAGAAUUUUCCUGUAGCCCUGUAAUGAGUUUGAUUUGUAUAUAGCUACUUGUGCCUAUCUGCAAUUUUAUACAAUUCUUGUCAAUCUACAUUGAAGAUGAACCGUAUAUGGUAUACCUACGAGUAACCAAUAAUUCAAGUAUUCAAAUAUCGCAAAUGUAGUUCU